AUGGCCAUUCUGAAAGACGCUGAUAAGGAAAAGGUCAAAAGGGCCAUUCCCAAGGCCAGCAACAAGAUCGUCGAUGCGACGGUCGCUAGACUGUAUAUAGCAUAUCCAGAUGCCAACUCGUGGACUUAUACGGGCCUUUCUGGUGCCAUUACGCUUGUCAAUGACUUGGUAGGAAACACCUUUUUCCUGAAAUUGGUUGACAUUGCGACCCACAGAGGUGUCAUUUGGGAUCAAGAGCUGUAUAUCAACUUCAAGUAUAACCAGGAUCGGUCGUUUUUCCACACUUUUGAGCUCGACGAGUGCUUGGCGGGUUUGUUGUUUGAAGAGGAAUCGGAAGCUUCACAUUUUUUUAAGAGAGUUCAGAAUAAAGAGAAAUACGCUUCAAAGGCCACUCUGAACAAUAAAAAUGCCAUUGCUUUAAAGAAAACUGCUAAUAAGAUCCAGGCCAAUACACCAGCACCUCAGGGACCUCGAGGUGAUCCUACGGGUCUUCGAAGACGGUUAUAUCUCGAGGGUAGUUCGGGUCCUGUUUACUAUGAUUCUGAACCUCCUCCAGAAUGGAGACCAUUAUAUGCGGAGCUGGCUAGUCAGGGCAUUACUGAAGAAAUGAUUGCGGAAAACAGAGAAUUUAUUAAAGAAUAUAUUAGACAACAGGGUGGUCCUUUAGUGGGUUUAGAGCCACCUAUUCCAAGACGAUCUGCUCCAUCUUCAGCAGCUACUGAGUCUACUAGUAAUGGUAGUAGUGGUAUUAGUAACGGCAGAAACAGAUCAGAUUCUUCUGUGACGGUAGCUAGUGUUGGAAGUGGAACUUCAGAGUCGUCUUCCACGAAAGCCACUCGUAAAGCCAAGGCUCCACCUCCACCUCCACCUCCUGGACCGCCCAAUGUUCCUAAGAAAGCUACUCCUCCAUCUACAUCAGCACCAUCAGCAUCAGCUGGUCCACCAUCUGUUGCACCUAUUUCAACCAGUGUACCAUCCGGUUCAUCAGCAUCAUCUCCAUCACCAGAACCAGGAACUCCAUCCAGUGCAACCGCUACACCUACAUCAUACAAAGUCCCACCACCAAUGCCAUUUAUCGGUCAAAGAGUUGCAUCAAACCCAUCACGACCCUCAGCCCCUGCUACUGCUCCUGGAGGAGUUCCACCACCUCCUCCACCACCAGGAUCAGCGCGUCCUGUUCCUUCACUCCCCCCUCGUGGCUCUGUACCACCCCCACCAGCAAAUGCCAAUCCAUAUGGAACUCCCCCAUAUCAACAACAGCCACCUCCUGCAUCUCCAUAUGGCCAACAGCCCACUUCGCCAUAUGGUCAGCCUCCUGGCACAGCCGGUCGUCCAGUACCUCCACCACCGUCAUUACCUCCUCGAGGAGUCGCUAAUAAUGGACAAGCCCCACAGUUUGGCAUGCCACCACCACCCGCUCCUGGUGCUGCUGGUGCUGGUCAAUAUAUCCCACCAGCUCCACCACAACGAGGCGCUGUUCCACCACCUCCACCACCACAACGAGGUGGAGUUCCUCCACCCCCACCCCCAAGUCGAGUCCAGCAACCCCCACCAGCAGCAGGCGUACCUCCACCACCUCCACCGCCCCCACCAGGCCAACCCGAACUCCAACCCCCAACUUUCAACCCCUAUCAAACCCCACCACCGCCACAGUCACAACCACAGGCAGUUUCACCACCAGUCAAAAUCGACGUCAAACCCAUCUCGUCUUUCCCACCGCCCCCUCGCCCCCACAAUGCAGGCACUCCUCCUGUCGCCAGUGUAGCACCACCCGCUUCCACCUCUCAACCCCCAGCUCCGCCCCCACCCCCACCUCCAGCAGCAGCUCCUCCCAGUUUCAACAAUGCUGCAGUUCCUCCUCCACCACCACCACCUCCUCCACCAACAGCAGGAGUCCCACCACCUCCACCUCCUCCUCCAGCACCUCCAGGACCACCACCAGCAUUCGGAUCAGCCGCCCCUCCUCCACCGCCACCUCCACCUCCCGGUGGCGCACCAGGAGCACCGCCCCCACCACCCCCACUCCAAGCCGAUGCCGGUGGUCCUCCUGCUCCACCCCUCCCCACUGGCGACGGAGGCCGCGACGCUCUUCUGGCGUCCAUCCGCGGUGCUGGCAUUGGAUCCCUCCGCAAGGUCGACAAAUCCCAGCUCGACCGUCCCAGCGUAAUCCUCCAAGAAGCCCGUGGAGAAACCCCCACACCCGCCCCCUCAGCAGCCCCUGGCGGCAACGCCAGCCUGGCCGACGCGCUCGCCUCAGCCCUCAACGCCCGCAAGGGCAAAGUGGCCCUCUCCGACGACGAAGACGACGACGAAGACUGGGAUUAG